GAAGGGAAAUCAGACACCAUAAAGUUGGUGAUUUGUGGAAGCGGAGAUGGAGCACACGUGUUUGCUGGUAUUGCAUCUUCUCGAAAAGACACUGACGUUCGAAUUCUUGCUUUGCAUGAAAAUGAAGCAAAGCGCUGGAAUACUGCACUUCAGCAAAAGAAACUUGAGGUUAAAUUUCGUCGUGAAGGUGAAAAAACCUCCAGUAUUGUAUCCAAACCAGCUCUGGUGACAAAAAACCCAGAAGAUGCUUUGCGAGAUGCUCAUAUGGUAAUAUUUAUGAUGUAUGCGUCAGGCUGUCAUCAAGUUUAUUUAGAAGCUUUAGCACCCAACGUUAAACCUGGCACCAUUAUAGUUAGUUUCUCAGGGUACCCAGAGUUUGAGUUCCAAGUUCAUCGCGUGCUGGUGGAGGUAGCGCGGCAAUGCACCAUCAUGAAAUUUAAGUCACUUCCUUGGACGUGUCAUAUCACUGAAUUUGGAGUUAAAUGUGAGGUAACUCGUACCAUGAAGACACUGCACGGGAUCGUCAAGGUAAGCUUAGCGAGUGUCGCUCAACGAGAAAUAAACGCUGACUUACUUAACCCUAGGCCUAUUCUGACCGGAGCGUUUCCUUUAAAGCUGAAUACCUUUAAAGUCGUUCAAGCGAUGACCGCCAAAAGUUAAAAACAUUUUCCUAAAACUAUAUCUGGGAACAUUUUAAAGUACUUCGUGACGAAAACAUCAACAUUGACGCUACCAUAGCAACCGAAUUUUAACAUCCAUGAUACGGGUAAAAAAGUUCUAAUUCUAUUCUGAUUUAUUUGAUGAUUUUACUUACUUUUGGUUACUUACUUAACUGCAUCCGAGAAAAUCGGUGACUUGACGAAAUUCUUCCUCCAACUGUCCAAUAUAACAGUUUGGAGUUCACGUGCCUCCAAACCAGUAUCAUCUUCCAAGAUUUUCUUUACGGUAAUUUUGGGGUGACUCACUCUUCGCCGCUUAUCAGGUUCCCACAACAGAACUCUGCCAGCUGGCUCAUUGUGUCUUGACACUUGACCAGCCAAACUAAGUCGUUUUCGUUAAUUAUCUCAGUGACACGAGGGUUCGAGCCGUAGGGAAAAUUGUUAGUGACUUUGUCUUUUCAAGACAUAUUUCGUACUUUCCUCAGCAUUACGUGUAUACGCGCCAUCGAGCUUUUUCUCCAGAGAUUUUGUCAGUGACCAUGAGUCGGACCCAUGGAGAAGUAUGCACUCGACUUUACCUUUGAACAGGCGCAUUUUAGUUGCUUUCUUAAUUGGAGAUACCCUGGUGUCGAUGUCGUGGGAUGUUUCUGUGUAACUACUCAGAGAAAGAAAGUCAUCGACCUUUCCAAUUUCUGAUCCAUCAAGAGAGAGCAUUUGAUCAUCAGAUGGUGGAUUUAGACGCAUGAACUUAGUUUUCCCCGCAUUCAAAAAGAGCCGGCCGAUAGAUUGUGAUGCCUCCUCAUCUCGGUGAAGCAAAUCUUCAGCUUCCUUGAGGACAUUCUCCAGGACAGCAAUGUCAUCCGCAUACGCGAGAUCAGAAAGAACCUCCUCUGGGUGUCUUGAACUUUGACGCUUUUUCAAUGUAAUUCCAUCAGAUGGUGAGAUGGCAGUUAUCAGGGCACAAUCGAGAAAGAUUAUGAAUGGGAACGGAGCCAGUGGAUCACCUUGAAGCACUCCAGUGUCUAUGGGGAACAGGUCGGUUUAUCACCAGCGCAGAUGUGUUUUUAUCCAUUACCUUAAUUGCUUCAACCAUCUGAUGGGGAAUCCCAUAGGCUGGGAGAAUUCUAAGUAUUUUGGUUCUGACAAUGGAGUCGAAUGCCUUUUUGAAGUCACAGCCUCUUUGUUGUGGUUUAACACUUCCUCGACAAUGCGCCUCAGUGCCAAGGUGUGGGAGGCACUGGAACGAAGCUGUCGGUGGGGCGUAAUAGCUUCUCGACGACAGGUCUAAUUCUAUUAAAAAUCAUUCAGUUGUACACAUUUGCUGCAAUUUGGGUUAAGCUGAUACCUCUGUAGUUGUCGCGAAUUGUGAGGUUUCCUUUCUUGGGCACUGGAACUAUUCCUGAGAUACCCCAUUCAUCUGGUCUAUGGUCGUCAAACGUGUGAAUGCAGAAAUCCUGUAGGAACGUCCUAACUCUUGGCAAUUUCCACAGGUCAAGAGUUAGACCAUCCAACCCAGGUGCUUUUCCUGGUUUUAUUGCUUUCAGUGCUUUGUCGACCUCUUCAACAGAUAACUGAUUAAUGCUUAUCUCUUAUUGAAAGCCAAAUACAGAGGCUAUUUUUAUGAUUUUAUAACUCUUAAUUUGACAUUAUUUUAUUAAAUUAAAUAUACCUGUUAAUGUAAUCCAGGCUUCUUCUAGUGACAAAUUUGAGAAAAAACAACAACAAAAAAUUAAAAUGACUAGGAGCCUAUCACCCAUGGGCUCCUGAACUGACCAAAUGGCAGGUUCUGGGUUCAGUUUUCAACAGCGUUUUCGAGGAAUUUCAUAACAGCUUGCAGAUUUUGUUUUGCUUCCUAAGCAUUAUUAUAUACACAGGCCAUCUUUUCUAUCACGAUUCUCUAGAUUUAUGACGGUUUUAUAAAAUGGGAUAUAUUUAAUCAGUUCGAAAACGACAGAUCCAAGAUGGCUGAUGCUUUCAGUUCUUUUUGAUGUUUUUGAUAUAUAUUUUUUUAUUUGCUACUUUUGCUAUGUUUUAACAUUGAUUUGAGCUCUGAUAAAGGGCAGAAAACACAUUAAAGACCAAGACCAUUAGUUACAUGUUUGCGGGCCAUAUUGAUAACUUCAGGGAGGCAUGAAGAAAAAAAACAACAACAAGCACAGCGGUUUGAGAGGUAACUUCAACAUCGUGCCGAAUCGAAGAUGUGUUCAUUCCAUUUAUUGUUAUAAUUAAACCUUGGCCGAAAAUAGGGACGAAUAUGCUUUAAUUAAAGAGUUUGAAACCGAAAAUGUUACAGAUAUGGACAGUAUAAACAAAUUAUGUAUUUUUUGUGUUUGUUUUACCAGAGAGGAAACGUGGCUCCAAAGAAGGACCCAGUUUGCAACUUGCAGUAUCUCCUAGGAUCCCUCCCUGUACUGAGAGUAAAGAGGAUCUAAUACGACUGUUUAUGCCUUCCAAACAGUACUACUUGUAAACUUUAUUUGAUAUAAAGUUAGAGUUUAGUUUAUCAUUAACCUCGGCAUAUUGGGUGUUUGCGUGAGUGCCCUAGCUCUGUUAUCAUUUCGUGGCAGAUUUUAGCAACACCCAUAUUUUUUCGCCUAUCGAACUCCCCCCGCCACCCCCCUCCCCCCUCAGCGAGUCGCACCAAGGGGGUGGCCUUCAGGCUGCCAGGUCCACCCCUUGCUGCAGCUUGCUUUUUUCCCACCAACAAUUAAAUUAAUGUACCUUUAUCCAGCUCAGUGUGGUAGUCUAAUGUUAUUGUAUUGCUUUUCACUGUUGAUUGACACGAACUCAUAAGCAUAUAAUUUAACUAUUUAGAAAGAAAGAAGAAAGAGAAAAUUUACUUAAGGAGGAUUAGGAACGUUUCCUGACUGGUUACCCGGUAGUUUUCGUAAUGGCCCUCCCUCCAACUAUUCAGUGCAGUGAACAGAGAAAGUCUUCCAAUCCGGUCAAAAAGGAAACUAUCUGUUCACUACGCUAAAUAGUGAAAUUGUAUGCCCUCAUUAAGACUAAAACAUCCUGAAAACCAUUCCCUCUGGUUCGCGAGGAGCGGUCACAAGAAUUUUCCAAAAAAAAUUUAAUUCUACUAUGUAAGUAUAAAAUUAGUUAAUUCUGUAUGUAAAAUGAAUGAACCAGGGUCAUGUGAAACAAUCUCUCUUGUCUUAAACAGGGUGGUAAAAUGAACAACUCGUCUUAGAUGGCAGAGAUAAGUUAGUAAGGACAAUGAUUGUGGCAAGUACCAGAAACGACAGAAAACAGAAUUUGCGCCCUUUUGCUUAUGAUUCUCUUUCACUAUCGUUUCCUCGAAUUUAAAUUUUUUCUGAGCGACGAGUCAGUACUAUACGCGCUAAUCGAUGUCCCUCACGUCCGCAGUUUAUCGGUCUUUGAAGCUUUUCAGGUCCUUCAAAGGCUUGUCUAACAUAUAUUGCGCAAUAGACUUAUCGCGUGUAUGAGUUAUGCGCAUAGAUUCACACUUGUCCGAAUUAAACCGUAACUGCCACUUGCGUGCCCAUUCUAUGAGGUUGCAAUAUCAUGUAGGUCAAAUCGAAAUUUAUGGGCAUUAAAUCAAAUAAUUUAAACCAACAAGCUUGUCAACUGAUAUUUUAGUCAAUUUCAAAGCUUCCAGUUCUUUUAAUAAAUAAUAAUAAUAAAUAUAAAACUUAUAUUGCGCAUAAACAAUAGAAUGCCUGCCAUAAUGGAGGCAAUUAUGUCAGGUACAUACUCCCUUAGAUUUCUUCAAAAAAACUCCUGGUACAGAGAAACACAAAGAUAAAUAAAAAGCGUAAUGGCGUCAUUACGUUGCCAUGGCGUCUCCGAUUGCAAUAAAACCCAGAUUAUAAGAAAUUUUCAUCAUUAUAUAAUUCAGUUGUGGUAAUCUUUUUCCCAUAUCUUUACUCAUGCCGACGUAGUUAAAGCUCAAACGUGUGAGGUAUCCGCCCAAAAAAACCCAGUCGAGCCACCUUAAAAAAUAAUAAUAAAAUAAUAAAAUUAAAAAAAAACAGAUAAAAACUAAAAACUUAAAAAUACAUGAAUAAGUCAAUUAAAAAGGUAUCUUAGAAAAGUACGUUUUGAGGGAUCGCUUAAAAGAUUUGAGGCUUUGAAUGUUUCUUGUCUCCGCCGGAAGAAUGUUCCACAGUUUGGGCUGAAAAGCUCGGUCACCAAGUGUAGGUAGGCACCGUGCGUUGGCUGAUACCAACAAAGUUGCGUUCCUUGACCUAAGAUUAUAUAUUGACUGGGCAGCGACAGCAAUAAGAUCAACCAGAUAUUGUGGUGCGAGUCCUUAGAGGCACUUGAAUAUUAAUAACACAAUUUUAAAUUCAAUUCUGUAUUUGAUGGGCAACCAGUGAAGAUCUUUUAAAAUGGGAGUGGUAUGACAGAUACGAGGAGUGUUAGUUACAAGUCUGGCAGCAGCAUUUUGAACUCUUCGAAGUUUAUUAAUGUGAAUAGUAGGAACGCCAUAUAAUAGGCUGUUGCAGUUGUCCAAUUUAGUGGUAAUAAACGCAUGGAUAAAGGAUUUGGCGGUUUGAUGAGACAAAUACUUUCUGAUCCUACGUAAAUUGUAGAUAUAAUAAAAAGACGAAUUGCAGAUAUUAUUGACAUGGCUAAGCAUAUCAAGAUUAGAGUCAAACCAUGAUCCCAAGUUUGAUGAUGAUGAUAAUGAUGAUGACGACGAAUAAUUAUAAUGACAAAAACAAAUUUGUUGAAGAGCAUUUAACUUGGCAAAUAGCAAAGUAAGGGAUUUGUUUUCUUACAGGAAAAUACUAUUCGAAAUUGCUAUGCAAAUACUUUCAAAGGUUUGAACCCUUGCUGUCACUGAUAGAAUAAUAAAAGAACGUUUUUUCAUGGCAACCGAUAUUAUAAAUGACAGCAGAUACUUGUAUCGUAAAUCAAAUGUGCUAAAAGAAAAAAUUUAACAUAUAAACUCAUUUAAUUCAUAGGGAAGGAAAUCAGACACCAUAAAGUUGGUGAUUUGUGGAAGCGGAGAUGGAGCACACGUGUUUGCUGGUAUUGCAUCUUCUCGAAAAGACACUGACGUUCGAAUUCUUGCUUUGCAUGAGAAUGAAGCAAAGCGCUGGAAUACUGCACUGCAGCAAAAGAAACUUGAGGUUACAUUUCGUUGUGAAGGUGAAAAAACCUCCAGUAUUGUAUCCAAACCAGCUCUGGUGACAAAAAACCCAGAAGAUGCUAUGCGAGAUGCUCAGAUUGUAAUAUUUAUGAUGUAUGCGUCAUCCUGUCAUCAAGUUUAUUUAGAGGCUUUAGCACCCCACGUUAAACCUGGCACCAUUAUAGUUAGUUUAACAGGGUACCCAGAGUUUGAGUUCCAAGUUCAUCGCGUGCUGGUGGAGGUAGCGCGGCAAUGCACCAUCAUGAAAUUUAAGUCACUUCCUUGGACGUGUCAUAUCACUGAAUUUGGAGUUAAAUGUGAGGUAACUCGUACGAUGAAGACACUGCACGGGAUCGUCAAG